AUCUUCCCAUCAUCCCCCGCGACACAACCAGAGGAGCCUCACGCCAUUUUGGACUUUACAGAUUUCGUCUUCAUGUGGCUUUAGCAUCGGGGGAUUUUCACCGCCAUCCUGUCACAGGCGGAGCACAAGGAUGCCAAUGGAUAGCGAGUACGGAAUCGCUGUCACGAACAAAUACCAAUUUUUAUUGGAUGAUGAAGAGGAAGACCCUUACGAGGCCUUCCAGAAAGAGUUGGCGCUGAAAGAAGAAAAGGCCAAAAGGAACAAGGAGGAGAAGGCCAAGAAAGCUGCCAAGGAACCCGAAAGGAAACCCAAGUCGGCAAAACUACCUGACAAAAAGAAGCCCCUGUCCGCGUCCGCGAAGGAAAAGGAAAAUGUCCCCGACCGACCGAAGAAAGAAGACCCACCCUCAAGACCAAACCGUGCUGAGCGGAGGCGGCAGCAGCAGGAGUCAAACGCGGUGAACGCGGACGGAGACGAGAGAUCGGACAGACAACCCAGACGGGACCGCGGGAACCGGCCCAAACGCACCCAGGACGACGAGGGCGGACGCAACGUUUUCACAGAAUACAGGACUGAUAGGACUGACUCUGACCGGGCACCCCGAGGCCGCGGCGGUUUCGGCCGUGGUGGGCGCGGCCGCGGACGGGGCGGGUUCUUCGGCGGACGCGACUUCCGUGGCAAGAGGGAGUUCGAACGGCACAGUGGCAGUGAGAAGAGCAGUGGCGUGAAGUCGUCAGAAAAGCGCGACGGGGGCGGAGCCUACAACUGGGGAAGCCAGACCGACGCUGCCGAUGACCUGAACGUGACCGCUGGAUCUGCCGAGGAGAACCCAGAAUGGACCGCACCAACCGAGGAGGGGGAGAAUGCAGAAAACAAGGAAGGGGCAGAAGGCCAGGAAGCCCCCGGUGAACAGGAACCCAAGGAAAUGACGCUGGAUGAAUGGAAGGCUCUCCAGGCCAAGGACACCAAGCCCAAGUCUGGCUUCAAACUGAGGAAGGCCGGGGAGGGCGAGGAUCUCACCCAGUGGAAGAAAACUUACGUUCUCAAGAAGGGACAAGAGGAAGAGGAUGCUGACAAGUACGGCCAGGACCAGCGCCCAGUACGUGGCCGCGGCGGGCGCCGGGGAGGGCGGGGCGCCGGCGGUAACCGUGACGACCGUAACCGUGACGACCGGCCCAGAGGUGGGCGGGGCCGCGGAGGUUUCCGUAGCAACGGGGCCGACCCCGGCGCCUACAUCGACGUCGACAACGAGGCGGAUUUCCCGCAGCUGGGCAAGUAG